UCCCACGGUUUCCAGUUCGCGUCAUGGCCGCCGCCGCCGCCGCCGCCGCUCUAGAGGCGGUGGCGCCUACGGGCGCGCUGUGGGGCCUCGUGCAAGACUUCGUCAUGGGUCAGCAGGAGGGCCCCGCUGACCAAGUGGCUGCAGAUGUGAAAUCUGGAAGCUAUACGGUGUUACAAGUGGUGGAAGCCCUUGGGUCCUCUCUAGAGAAUCCAGAACCCCGAACUCGAGCACGAGGAAUCCAGCUCUUGUCACAGGUGCUACUGCAGUGUCACUCCUUGCUCCUGGAGAAGGAAGUGGUACACUUGAUCCUAUUCUAUGAGAACCGGCUGAAGGACCAUCAUCUUGUGAUCCCGUCUGUCCUGCAGGGUUUGAGGGCACUUAGCCUGUGUGUGGCCCUGCCCCCAGGGCUGGCUGUCUCCGUGCUUAAAGCCAUCUUCCAGGAGGUCCACGUACAGUCCCUGCCACAGGUGGACCGACACACAGUCUACAGUAUCAUCACCAACUUCAUGCGAACCCGGGAAGAAGAGCUGAAGGGCCUAGGAGCUGAUUUCACCUUUGGCUUCAUCCAGGUGAUGGAUGGGGAAAAGGAUCCCCGUAAUCUUCUGGUGGCCUUCCGCAUCGUCCAUGACCUCAUCUCCAGAGACUAUAGCCUGGGACCCUUUGUGGAGGAGUUGUUUGAAGUGACAUCCUGUUACUUCCCUAUUGAUUUUACCCCUCCACCUAAUGAUCCCCAUGGUAUCCAGAGAGAAGAUCUCAUCCUGAGUCUUCGAGCUGUGCUGGCUUCUACACCACGAUUUGCUGAGUUCCUGCUCCCCCUGCUGAUUGAGAAAGUGGAUUCCGAGAUUCUGAGUGCCAAGCUGGAUUCUCUGCAGACUCUGAAUGCUUGCUGUGCUGUGUACGGACAGAAAGAACUGAAGGACUUCCUCCCCAGCCUUUGGGCUUCUAUCCGCAGAGAGGUGUUCCAGACGGCAAGUGAGCGGGUAGAGGCCGAGGGCCUGGCAGCCCUUAACUCCCUGACUGCGUGUUUGUCUCGCUCUGUGCUGAGGGCUGAUGCUGAGGACCUCCUUGACUCCUUCCUUAGCAACAUUCUACAGGACUGCAGGCACCAUCUGUGUGAACCAGACAUGAAACUGGUGUGGCCUAGUGCCAAAUUGUUGCAGGCGGCUGCAGGUGCGUCUGCCCGGGCCUGUGACCACAUCACCAGCAACGUGCUGCCCCUACUGCUGGAACAGUUCCACAAGCACAGUCAGAGCAACCAGCGGCGGACAAUCCUUGAAAUGAUCCUGGGUUUCUUGAAGCUGCAACAGAAAUGGAGCUAUGAAGACAAGGAUGAAAGGCCUCUGAGUGGCUUCAAGGACCAGCUGUGCUCACUGGUAUUCAUGGCCCUGACGGACCCCAGCACCCAGCUUCAGCUUGUUGGCAUCCGUACACUCACAGUCUUGGGUGCCCAGCCAGAUCUCCUGUCUUCUGGGGACUUGGAGCUGGCAGUGGGUCACCUAUACAGACUGAGCUUCCUGGAGGAGGAUUCCCAGAGUUGGGUGGCAGCACUGGAAGCAUCAGGAACCCUGGCCACUCUCUACCCUGUGGCCUUCAGCAGCCACCUAGUGCCCAGGCUUGCUGGGGAGCUCUGUAUAGAGGAGUCAGAUUUGGCUAGAGGGGAUGGGCCCACCAAAUGCUCCCGGCAUCGGCGCUGUCUGCAAGCCUUGUCAGCUAUAUCCACACAUGCCAGUAUUGUCAAGGAGACCCUGCCUCUUCUGCUGCAGCAUCUCCGCCAGAUGAACAAAGGGAAUACGGUUGCAGGAACAAGUGAAGUUAUUGCUGUCUGUCAGAGUCUCCAGCAGGUGGCAGAAAAAUGCCAGCAAGACCCCGAGAGCUGCUGGUAUUUCCAUCAGACAGCUAUACCUUGCCUGCUUGCCUUGGCUGUGCAGGCUUCCAUGCCAGAGAAGGAGCACCCAGUUCUGAAGAAAGUGCUGUUGCAGGAUGAGGUCUUGGCCGCCAUGGUGUCUGUCAUUGGCACUGCCACCACCCACUUGAGCCCUGACUUGGCUGCCCAGAGUGUCGCCCACAUUGUGCCCCUUUUCUUGGAUGGCAACAUCACAUUCCUGCCUGAAAACAGCUUCCCUGGCAGAUUCCAACCAUUCCAGGAUGGCUCCUCAGGGCAGAGGCGGCUGGUUGCACUGCUUAUGGCCUUUGUCUGCUCCCUGCCUCGAAAUGUGGAAAUCCCUCAGCUGAACCAACUCAUGCGGGAACUUUUAGAGCUGAGCUGCUGCCACAACUGCCCCUUCUCCUCCACUGCUGCUGCCAAGUGCUUUGCAGGACUUCUGAACAAGCAUCCUGCAGGGCAACAGCUGGAUGAAUUCCUACAGCUGGCUGUGGACAAAGUGGAGGCUGGGCUGAGCUCUGGGCCCUAUCGUAGUCAGGCCUUCACACUGCUUCUCUGGGUCACAAAGGCCCUAGUGCUCAGAUAUCAUCCUCUCAGCUCCUGCCUUACAGACCGGCUCGUGGGCCUCCUGAGUGAUCCAGAACUAGGCCCAGCAGCAGCUGAUGGCUUCUCUCUGCUCAUGUCUGACUGCACUGAGGUGCUGACUCGUGCUGGCCAUGCUGAAGUGCGAAUCAUGUUUCGCCAGCGGUUCUUCACGGAUAACGUGCCUGCUUUGGUCCGGGGUUUCCAUGCUGCUCCUCGAGAUGUGAAGCCAAAUUACCUGAAGGGUCUGUCUCAUGUACUUAACAGGCUGCCAAAGCCUGUGCUCUUGCCGGAGCUGCCCACGCUGCUUUCCUUGCUGCUGGAGGCCCUGUCCUGCCCAGACUCUGUGGUACAGCUCUCCACCCUCAGCUGCCUUCAGCCUCUUCUACUGGAAGCACCCCAAGUAAUGAGUCUUCACGUUGACACCCUCGUCACCAAGUUCCUAAACCUCAGCUCCAGCCCUUCCAUGGCUGUCCGGAUCGCUGCACUGCAGUGUAUGCACGCUGUUACUCACCUGCCCACCCCCGUGCUGCUGCCGUACAAACUGCAGGUGAUCCGGGCCUUAGCCAAACCCCUGGAUGACAAGAAGAGACUGGUGCGUAAGGAAGCAGUGUCAGCCAGGGGAGAAUGGUUUCUGCUGGGGAGCCCUGGCAGCUGAGCCCUCCAUCCUGGCCUACACUGUUCUGAAAGACAAUCUAACCUGAAAUUACUAACUAUCAAGCCAUCUUGCCCAAAGCAGGGAGAUGACUGGCUUCUGAUUGCCUUUCCCACAGACACCGCACAAAUGCUGGGCCUCUGUCGCAUGGCUGUACAAGAAACAGAGGAAUCCUGACUUGUAAUGGAUUUGUGAAGUAACUGAGUGCGAGACUCCUUGUGUUUGAAGAAUGACCUUGGUCUUGGGGCUCUUGCAUUUAUAUGUCAGAAAAAGUGAGAUAUGCUGCUGAGGGUGAAUACAGAUGAGCGUGGCCCCGAGGACCAGGGAUGGUGGCGUGUGUGUACCUGCUGGAGAGUAAAGAUUCUUUUGGUAAUGGGGCCGUCAGUUAUUUCCCUCUCUCCACUUAUGCCUCAGCAGUACAUAACCAGAAGCAACACUGCAUAAGCUAGAGGAACAGUAGUGAUAGGAACUGGCCAGGAAUUCUUCAGGACAUCCAACCCCUCCAAGUGGGGCAGAGGUGGCAGGACCGUUAACACCCACUCACUAGGCCUUGACCCUGACUUUCCCCUUCCCCGCCCCACAAGAGAAAGGCAAAGAGUGAAAAGCUACAUAUCUUUAAAAAAUCAAAUACCUUUAUUUUUGCUCCCUUCAGCACAUGAGAAGUGGCAGUGACCUCAGCAGUAGGCCUGGUAUCUUUGCCCUGUUGAGAAGCCAGGAUCUCAGCUCUACCAUUCAGGUGUUUUCUCAGACGGCAAGUGGAAGAGGUGGUAGCCAACCCCAGUGCUGUAAGCUGGAGGAGGUCGGGGUCAGUACCUGGCAAGGUUGCUAGCUGCCUGAUCUCCAGUCUGGGGCUGGAACUUCUGUUUGCCUGAGUAAAGGGACAUCAGUCCUAGGGUUUUUCCACAUCAUGCCUUGCUUCCGCCAUGGCCGGGAGACUGGUCCUUGAGCUGUCCCUGCAUGGUACCGUAAGGCAGGCCCACUGGCUCUUUUUGCUCAAGGAUUCCAAGAAGCUAUCCUUGGAGGCCCUUGAGGCAAUGUCGGAAGCAGGGUGGUGCUCAAGUUGUGGCUGACACACUCCAGCUCACACUGCCAUCACAGAGGCUGAGUGCGCGGUCACCCAGGGAGGGGGAUCCCAGCUCAUUCCGUUCCCAUGGGGCAGGUGACUGGAAGGUAACAACACCCGAGUCAGCCAAUGCCUAUAAAAGAAGACAGAAAUACUUGUGAGAUCUAAGAUUUCCUAGUCUUCCUUCCUGAGCCUCAUUCCUCAGCAAAGAUAUAUCAAGGUAGUCUGAAGCUACCCUGGCGUUCAUCGCAAAAGUAAUAAAAGUUACAGUUCUGUCCAAUAAAUGUGCCCUCUGGUGCCUUGAAGGCCUUUAGAGGUUUUGAGCUAAACUUCUAAGGGGCCACUGUAAGCACAGUGACAGGAGUAAUAGGAUGGGAAAAGGAAGAGGGCAGGUACUUCCAGUCACCUACUUAUUACUGCCUCAGUAGUUGCAAUUUGAAGAAUGAUUUACCUUUGUCUCUUGGGCUGAGGGAACUAGCUUCAUUUAUUGUCUUAGGACCUCUGUCACAAAUAGAUGACUUCAAUCCCACAAAUUAUGUGCUUGAAAUCCAGACACUGCCAUACAAAUGAGAGGUGACUGGUGGCCAGCAUACCCUAACUAGAGGUCCCUUCUCGAGAACAGCUUUCUAAGGAUUCUGUCGUAGUCACCUGCUACCGUACCAAUAUGGGGGCCACUAGCCACACAUGCCUAAUUAAAUUGGUGAAGAUGAAAUUAAAUUUAAAAUUCAAUUCACUGAUAUACUAGCCACACUGCAAGCACUCAAAAGCCGUAUGUGACUAAUGGCUAAUGUUUUAGACAGCAGAGGUAUAGAAUAUUUUUCUCAUUCCAGAAAGUUCAAUGAACAGUGCUGGUCUAAAUAUUUUACUUUACCUUCCUGUGUCCACACCCAGGAAUACCUUCCAGUUGUCCAGGCAGCCAUAGUUGUAAUGAUUCCUAAAAACCUAGAGCAAAGAAAAACAUGUUUCUAUGAAUCCUUUUCCUUAAACCAAUUUUGAGCCUAAAUUGGCCAGGCAAGUUCUGGAUUUCAUGAUGCCUGCCUUAGUUGGCCCUGACCAUGGCCUCUGUUUAUAGGAUGGCAGGCUCAGUUACCUACCCAUCCCUCCACCCCAAUCCCGGCCCUACUCACUCUGCCCUUGGCCUGCAGUCGGCGUCGCUCCUUCUUGUUGAUGUGCCUUUCGAUACUAGUCUCACCUCGACUGAUGAGAACAGCGUGCCAUACAGUUAGGGCACCCAGGGCAAGUGCCACGGAACUGAGAAAAGAGGGGCAAAGGUCAUGGGGUAGUGUGGAGGGAGUGAGAGGCCAUGCGUAGGCCUGAAAUUGAGCUGAGCAACAGUGACUGCCUAGGGGCUUAUGUCUAAGUCUGCCUUAACUCCCAGCGUACGUGUCCUAGACGAACUUUUACUUCACUGCAUCCAUGAAAAAGCAUCAAUGUGGGCUAAGAAUAAAUGAUGUGGAAAGCAA